UAACGUGAAUAAUAUUUUAAUUAUAGUAAUUAUGAAUAUUCAAAUUUUGAUUGAAAAUAAUUGGGUGUGUUCGAAUUGUAAAAUUUGAUGAGUUUUUCCCCUAGAACUAAACUGAUUUCGCCAUUUAAAAGAAGGUGUUACACACCAGCUAAAGGUGAAAUGUGUAGAUAAGAUAUCUAAAAUAUUUAUUUAUAGACAUCUUAUGUGCAACUUAUCCUUCCUGCAUUAGAAAAGGUAGUUGAAACAAAUCGCAAUAUUUUCGAGCACUCGUUAUUGUCCCUGAAAUAUUACUUUAACCUGUAUCUCGAAAACAAAGCGUUUGCAAGCCCAUGUUUACAGGACAUUUCUUCUAAAAAUUAUCCAAGGAAUGUGUCUGUUCACAGUCAACUGUGGAUUCAAUAGAUUUCAAUUACAUAUUAUAUUCCUUACAAAUUGAUAUUGCAUUUUUGUUCCUUAAAUCAUCAUAUUCGAUUUUGGCGAUUGACAUACUCAUUUAUUUCAUUAGAUAAAGUGAUUUUCUUUGUAACCGUGAGAAAAUUGAACCCUGCAUUGUUCAUUCAUAAGCACGCGAAGAAUUCGUUCAAACAAUGUGAAUAAGUUCAGUUUGAACAUGAAAGAUUGUCGUAGAGUCGUCGAUAUCUUGAAUUGUGCCAUGAACAUUUUUGGAUGUUCGUUAUCAAAAAAUGGAAAGUUUUUAGAUGCCAGACCUCCCUCAAUAGCUUUGUUUCUGUUGGUCUUAUUUUACCUGAGCUCACUCAAUGAAUUUUGGAGUACAAACACUUCUUAUACCAAAUCAACGCAAGAGCCCGUUGUUCUUCUUAUUGGAGGAUUCUCAGCUUGUAUGAUACUGUUUUAUCGCAUCAAAAAUAGAUAUUAUUUCGAGAAAUUGAUGAAUUCACUUCAUAACGAGAGUUUUGAAGUAUCCGAUAUUCAAAAAAGAAACUACGGAAUUAUAUUGAGAGUGACUAUUAUAUUUACUGGUGUUCUUAUUAUUAUUGUCUUCAAGAUAUAUGUUGAUGUUGAACAUUGGAGUUCCAGAAAAGUAAGUCUUCUGGCGGAUUAUGUUUCAACUGUAAUUAUCUAUUUUGAGUUGAUAUACAUCGUCAGCCUUUUGAAUUUUUUAAGACAUGCUGUAGACCGCAAUCUGAAAAUGAUUAGAUCUUUCAUAAGUAUAUCUGACAGUUUUCCUCCAUACAAAAUGACCCAAAGUGAAAAUGCAGAUUUGAUUAUUAUUGAUUGGACAAGGAAUUCAAUAUCUUUAGAAAAUCACAAAAAGGCUAAUCAGUUUAUCGUUGCUGCCAUUGACUGUAUGUCUUUUUUGUUUGAUAUUUUUGAUUUCUUUUCUCAAACAUUUGAAAUCACGGUAAAAUUUUGCUACGGUACUUUUAUUACACUGCUUUAUCAACAGAUCUAUCUCAUUUUGCGAGAAUUCUGGAUUCUAGAGCAUCUAAGGGAAACUGUAUACUUUUUGUUAUUGUUGGGAAUUUUUCUCUAUAUGUACUACAUUUACUUUUCACUUAGAAAAACGUUGAAAAUUUUCAGCAUAUUAAUUUUGGAGAAGCUGUUCAUUUAUGGAAUCAACUGUAGCUUUGAUGAUGAUGAAAAAAUAAAAAAAUUGAAUUUGCUGCAUGAGAAUAUAAUCAAGAAAAUGACAAUUAGAGUACAAUAUUAUGGACGAUACGCUGACAACAAAAUUUGGAGCACCAUCUUAUUAACGUUUAUUAUUAGUACCACAUUACUGAAAUUUUGA